AUGCCCGCCGAGAUGGGAGCUGCUCCGCCUGCAGCCGAGGCUGGAGGGGUCAGGGGUUUUCUGGAGCGGGUUUGGCUGAAGAGGCUGGGGGCAGGACUGGCGCUGCUCGGCAGGGAUGCCUUUAGAUGGGCUACAGCCACAGCGGGAGCUGGAACCAGCGAUGAGCAUGAACUUCUAAAUAAUCGCGACUCCGCUGCAGCUCUUUCUUCUGCCUCCAGAAGCCCCUUUCUUGGGAGAAAACACGCCUCGACCAUCAGCUGCCUUGACCUACCAGGGAGAUUUCUCUUUGCAUUCUUGACUCUGAUGACGCUAAUUGCCAAUCUGGUGUUCAUAGAGGAAGCAGUCUACAUCUACAGGAAAAUCCCCUCCUCCAAAAGAUCAAUCAUAAUUUGGAUUAAUGCUGCAGCUCCAGUGAUCGCUACUACUUCAUGUUUUGGCAUGUGGAUUCCUCGCUCAACAAUGUUUACAGAUUUCACAGCAGCAGUAUUUUUUGCCAUGGUUAUCCACAAGUUCCUGAUGAUGAUGAUUAAAGAGUGCGGAGGUCAAAAGCUGCUCCUCAGGCGGUUUGAAAAUGGUCGCUUCAAGAUCAGCACAGGUCCCUGCUGCUGCUGCUGCCUUUGCCUCCCUCGGGUGCGCAUCACUAGGCGAACCCUCUUUUGGCUGAAGCUGGGCACCUUUCAGUUUGCUUUCCUUCGACCUGUGCUCAUGUUUUUAUCAAUAGUGCUUUGGACUAAUGGCAAUUACACCCUCUACAGUUUGUCUCCCAAAGGAGCUGCGAUAUGGAUCAACUGCUUCGUUGGUGUCCUCACCAUUAUUGCUCUGUGGCCAAUUGCAAUCAUGUUUCAACAAGUUAGGAAUAUCCUUAUUUGUAAGAAGAUCAUCCCAAAGUUUGCUCUUUAUCAG